UAGUGUGAUUAGUUCCCAGGUGUGUCUAUUCUAUUCCUCAUGUGUUCCAUGUCCCUGUUAAUUUAGUUAUUCCAUCCACCUGUGUUUCCCCAUUAUCCUUUGUACUUAAGCCUUGUCCUUUCAGUUCUGUUUUGUCGGGUCUUCAUUUGCCACUUGCUACUUACGUGUGUCUACCUCUGUGCUCCAUGUUGGAUAUCCCCUGUGUUGGAUAUAUUAAAAGCCUUAUUCUGUUUAUCCUCGACUCCGUAUUCCUUCAGGCAGCGUAAACCGUGACAGAAGACCCGACCAAAAGAAGAAAAUAGAAAACUGUGUGUUUUUCCCCUCCGUUUUGUUUUUGUGUUUUCAAAGUCUUUUUGUUUCGUAGUGUUCUAUGGAUCCCCUCUAUCGUCCCGAAUUCCUCAUCCUUCUGCUGAAGCAGGAAGGACGUUCUCUCGAGGACCAUACCAGACAGUUUAUUCUAUUAGCUUAUGCCACCAGCUACCCGGACAACGCGCUCUGCACCUUCUACAACACCAGCCUGAACUCCAAAUGCAGAGCGUUGUCGUCCGAAGAUGGUCCUCGAGAGGAUUUCGCCGCAUUCGUGGAGUGGACUCUGGCGAGAAAUGGGUCACCUCUCACCGUCUGCCCCAUAGAGGACCUCGCCAGCCCCACUCCCGACCCAGAGACCAGCCAGCCACCAUCACGCCGCACGGAGCCAGAGCCCACCGCAGCCGCAGAGUCCGAGCCAUCCACUGACAGGGAGCCGGAUCUCGAGAGCGCGACUGACCAGGUGUGUGAGCCGGCAACACUGUGCAUCGUGGGAGUCCUCGUGGAGAUCGAGGGCGUGGAGGAAAGCCCUGCCCACACUCCUGCGACUGAGGGUGAGCUAUAUGCAGUCUCUGAAAGUCAUAUGGAGCAAGUUCUGGAUCUGAUGGACUGGUCUACGGAGACCAGCCAGUUCCUCGUCAUCCCUGCUGGUGCCAGCCAGUCCCGCAGCUCACCCUCAGUCCGCGCCAUCGGGGCGCGGUGGUUCGCCGCUGGACUGCCAGUCUCCAGCUCCGCCUUGGCGUGUUAAGGCCCUGUCUCCGCCUCCAGCCUCCGAGCCCUGGACUCCUCCUCGGUCCUUCGACCCAGCGGCUCCGCCUUGGCUCUUAGCUCCCUCGUCUCCACCGUGGCCUGUCAUCCCACCUGCUCCACCGGGCUCCCUCGUCCCUCCGGCUCCACCUUGGUCAGUCGUCGACCAUCCGCCACCUCGGGACUCCUCUCCUCUGGUUCCACCUCGUCACUCCAUCCCUCCGGCUCUGUCAGGCUCCUCCUUCCCUCCAGUUCCACCUCCAUCCUCGGUCACUCCGGCUCCACAGCGGUCUGCCAGGACCCCGCCUCUGCCUUGGUCGCCUGAGCCUUCAGCUCCACCUAGGCCCUCCGGAUCCUCGACGUCACCCUGGCUCUGCGGCUGUGCUGCUCCAUCUUGGGCUCCUCACCCACCGGUGCAGUCUCCGCCUGUCGGCCCCCUGGUGUCGUCGACCCUUCCUUCACCAUGGCUCCUCCCGCCGUCGACUCCACCUUGGAUCUCAGUCCUGGCUGGUCUCUGGUGGACCAUCUGGCUCCUCCUGCUCCUGUCUCCUCCCUGGCUCCUCCCUCCGUCGUCUCCUCCCUGGCUCCUCCUUCUGUGGUCCCUGUCUGCUGGCCCCCUCCUGGGAGUCCGUCCUCCACCGGAACCUCCUCCCAAGUUCCCACCCACGCCUCCCUCGGUUGUUUCUACGGUGCGAGGACGCACCUACUGGGAGGGGGGAUUACUGUCACACACCUGGACUCAUUUAGUGUUUUUGCCCCAGUGACCCAGUUUCUGUCUUCCGUGCUUAGUGUGAUUAGUUCCCAGGUGUGUCUAUUCUAUUCCUCAUGUGUUCCAUGUCCCUGUUAAUUUAGUUAUUCCAUCCACCUGUGUUUCCCCAUUAUCCUUUGUACUUAAGCCUUGUCCUUUCAGUUCUGUUUUGUCGGGUCUUCAUUUGCCACUUGCUACUUACGUGUGUCUACCUCUGUGCUCCAUGUUGGAUAUCCCCUGUGUUGGAUAUAUUAAAAGCCUUAUUCUGUU